CCCGAAUCUCACUCCUCCCCGCUCCAGAUCCCCCCGCCCGCCUCCACCGAAUCCCCCGCGGCGGCGCCGGCGCCGGCGCCGCCACCGGCGAGAUGCCGCCGUCGAGGCACCCGCGGGAGCCGCUGUCCCUCGCGCUCCCGGGCGCUGGCGGCCGCUCGCAGGACUUCCCCUCGCUCUUCUCCGACCUCACCUCGCUCCUCCUCCACCACUCGCCCGCCGCCGCCUCCCCCCACGGCCGCGCCCCGGUCUUCUCCUCCUCCACGCUCUCCAUCCCCGCCCCCGCCCCCUCCGCUCCGGCGCCGUCCCAGCCGCAGGCGCCGACGCCGCUGGAGCGGGCGGCCAUCGGGGCGUGCGCGGGGGCGGCGGCGGGGGCCUUCACCUACGCGGCGCUGCUGCCGCUCGACGCCGUCAAGACCCGUCUGCAGGCCGGCGCCGCCUCGCGGGGCUCCUGGCAGGUGUUCGCCGACAUCCUGCGCGCCGACGGGCCGCUCGGCCUCUACCGCGGCCUCUCCGCCGUCAUCCUCGGCUCCGCCACCUCCUCCGCCAUCUACUUCGGCACCUGCGAGCUCGCCAAGUCGCUGCUGCGCCCGCACCUGCCGCCCUUCCUCGUGCCCCCGCUCGCCGGCGCCAGCGGCAACAUCUCCUCCUCCGCCAUCAUGGUGCCCAAGGAGCUCAUCACGCAGCGCCUCCAGUCGGGCGCCGCCACGGGCCGCUCCUGGCAGGUGCUGCUCCAGAUCCUCCAGAACGACGGCUUCUUCGGCCUCUACGCGGGGUACGCCGCCACCCUGCUCCGCAACCUCCCCGCCGGGGUGCUCAGCUACUCCUCCUUCGAGUACCUCAAGGCCUUCGCCCUCAGCAAGAGCAGCGCCGCCAACCUGACGCCGGGGGAGAGCGUGCUCUGCGGCGCGCUCGCCGGCGCGAUAUCCGCGGGGCUCACCACCCCGCUCGACGUCGUCAAGACGCGGCUGAUGACCAGGGUGGGCGCCGCCCAGGGGAGCCGCACCGUGGUGGGCACCAUGCAGGAGGUCAUCGCGGAGGAAGGCCUGAUGGGCCUGUCCCGGGGGAUCGGACCGAGGGUCCUGCACAGCGCCUGCUUCGCUGCGAUUGGCUACUGCGCCUUCGAGACGGCCAGGCUCAUGAUCCUCAAGUCAUACCUUGAAUCGUGCGAGAGGAAGGCCGCUGCCGAGACCAAGACCGGAGUUGCCGCUGCCUGAGUGUGUAUGAUUCCUUUCCUUCUUUCAGGAAGGUAAUCGCUUGUUCUGGGUAGUGUGCACUUUUCUUGUAGCUACCUAGCUAUGAUAUUAUGCAGAUGAUGUACCAGCCAGAUGUAUUUGCUUUAGUGUCAUUUAAAUUCAGUUAUAGAGUUGUUUCAAGGAUACAACAAGUAAUAAUAUGAAACAGUUGUGAAUC